AUGCGGUGCCUACAUGGUAGCCGGGGCCACCCUGAAGCUGUGCUCUGCGGGAUGGGAGGAGAGGCUAAGCUGGAAGGGAAGGCAGAGACCUCCCCAGACAAAACAAACAAGCCCUUGGGUCUGCCGAAUUGCAGCGGGGAGCGGAAACCAAAGAAGAUCAAAGACCCAGCGGCUACCCCCUUCAGGGCUGCGCAGCUGGCAGCGUGCCCCAAUCCCAGGCGGGCACCCACAGCCCAGGGACCAGGGGAUCUGAGCCAUUGGCUGACAACUCGGGGAUUUUGGACACUUGUCACCAGGAGCGGGCUGUACUCACAACUGGCCCAAGCCUCAGUUCCCCACCUGUACACUGGGGCAGCGGAGUCCUGCCCUGCUGACUUCCAGGAAAUGGAGCGCGGAGGAAAGGCACAGCACUUUUUGGCAGGGGAUGUUCUAGGCUCGGCAAGACCCAAGGGGGGGUCUGUCCCAAUAACGCCUCCUGGCCAGUGCUUCCCUACCGGGGUCCCCAACCCCCCGGCCCCGGCCAGAAGUAGCAGACUGCGGGGGGGCGCUGUGUUGGCCCCACCACCCUCGCGUUGCGCUGCGCCCCGCCCCUGCCCGCGGCCCCGCCCCGAGCCCGCCCCCUCCGCGGCCCGCCUCGCCUUUGAUGCGCCGCGCCCGGCCAAUGGGCGCGCGGGGAGGCGCGGGUCUCGGCGGCGGGCUGGGGGUGGGCGCGCCCCGGCGUCAGUAGGGCCGCGGUUACGGCGGCAGGACGCGUCUCGGUGCUGCCUCGGGCUUCGCUCGGCUCGGGGGCUGCUCCGGGAGGAGAGCGAGACCAGGCGCGCCGCCGGGCCCGGGGGCCGGGCGCAUGGCUUAGGGGUGCCCCCGGCCGCCGCGCCCCCAGCAUGGGGAAACUUCACUCCAAGCCGGGUCAGUGCCCCCGCCGCGCGCGCCUGUUCCCGGGCUCCCGCCUCCCUCGCCAGCGCGAUCGCUAACUCUCUCCCUCUCCUUUCUUUCUGGCUCCCGCCGCCGCCGCCGCCGCGCGCGAUGUGCCUUCAGCCGCCGUGUGCAAGCGCAGGGAGAGCCCGGAAGGUAGGGGCGCGCUGGGCGCGGACCCGGGGGACGGACUGGGGACGCACCGCAGACGGCGGCGGAACGGCUCAGUCCCCCGGAUCUUAUUACCAGGGCCAUCCCCCUCCUCAACUGCGGCCGCCGGUCCCAGAAACCCGCUGCCGAAGCAGCAUCCGUACCCCCUUCUCUGUCCCUCAGACCCUGUCCCCGAGGUCCAGCGCUUCUGACUCGCAACCCCUCCCCCCUCCCGUGGUCCCCUCCCUCGGCGCCCACUGUUCUCGCUCUUCUGACCCCCAAACUCCUCCUCCUUGGGUCCUCCCCCCCCGCACUCCUUUCUGGGUCCCUGCUCCUGGAGCUUUCCUGAACCCCCUUUUGAUCACCUGCGUGUCCUUCUCUCGGAUCCUGCCCCAGUUUUCCAGCCCCCUCCGGGCCCCCGAUGUCUUUGCUUUCCUUUGCCGCGCCCACCCUCUCCCUCCCCUCUCGGGUAACUUUCGGCCCGGGGGCCAGACUCAGGGGCUGCGUGUCGUCCUCGCCCCAGGUGACAGCUUCGCGGUGAGCGCCGCCUGGGCUCGGAAAGGCAUCGAAGAGUGGAUCGGGAGGCAGCGCUGCCCCAGCGUCGGCCCGGGACCCAGACCGCUGCGAGCAGCGGGCACUGUCGGCAGAGGCACCCGGGAGCUCACGGGCGAAGUCUUCAGAGAAACACUCAGCGAGGAGGAGGAGGAGGACUUUCGGCUGGAAGUGGCCCUGCCGCCAGAGAAGACCGACGGGCCGGGCAGUGCAGACGAGAAGAAGAUGGAGAAAGUGGGUGAGCCCUGCCCAGCCUCCAAGAAGCAGCUCAAGUUUGAAGAGCUGCAGUGUGAUGUGUCUGUGGAGGAGGACAGCCGGCAGGAGUGGACCUUCACCCUCUACGACUUUGACAACAAUGGCAAGGUCACCCGAGAGGACAUCACCAGCUUGCUGCACACCAUCUACGAGGUGGUGGAUUCCUCCGUCAACCACUCCCCAACGUCAAGCAAGACGCUGCGGGUGAAGCUCACGGUGGCCCCUGAUGGGAGCCAGAGCAAGAAGGGCAUGCUUCUCAACCCUGCUGACCUACAGAGCAUGCGGCCCAGAGCGGAGACCAAGCCCGCCGAGGAGCUGCGAAGCUGGGAGAAGAAGCAGCGAGCCCCACUCAGGUUCCAGGGUGACAGCCGCCUGGAGCAGUCUGGCUGCUACCACCACUGUGUUGAUGAGAACAUUGAGAGGAGAAACCACUACUUAGAUCUCGCUGGGAUAGAAAACUACACGUCCCAGUUUGGGCCAGGCUCCCCUUCAGUGGCCCAGAAGUCAGAACUGCCCCCCCGCACCUCCAACCCCACUCGGUCUCGCUCCCACGAGCCGGAAGCCAUCCACGGCCCACACCGAAAGCCCCAAGGCGCGGACCCUGGCUCCUUCCACUUCCUUGACACCCCGUUCGCCAAGGUCUCUGAAGUCCAGCAGCGGCUCCGGGGCACCCAAGACGGAAGCAAGCACUUUGUGAGGUCCCCCAAGGCCCAAGGCAAGAGCAUGGGUGCGGGCCACGCAGCCAGAGGGGCAAGAAGCAAACCCCCUGUGGGGCCCGCCGGCUCCUCGGUGUCCCCCUCUGCCCAUCUGGCCACCAGCCCGACCCUCCUCCCCACCCUGGCACCCCUCGGGCACAAGAAACACAAGCACCGAGCCAAGGAGAGCCAGCAGGGGUGCCGGGGCCUGCAGCCCCCGCUGGCAGUGGGCGGCACGGUGGUGGGGCGGGAGCACUUGAGGGAGCUGCCCACCGUGGUGGUAUACGAGAGCCAGGCCGGGCAGGCCGUCCAGAGACAUGAGCACCACCACCACCACGAACACCACCACCAUUACCACCACUUUUACCAGACCUAGGCCCCUCCACCUCACCUCUCCCCUGCCAUAUGAAGGAACACCCCUCCCCCAAUGCCCCCAAGGCAUUAUUAUUCUAUUAAUUAUUGUUAUUAUGAUUAUUGUUAUUAAUAAUUAUUGUUACUCCACUAAUAUUCCGCUAGCCUCCAUGUAGAAGGUAUAUGGAAACACAGAACUAAACUUUUAUUUAUAUGUUGUGGGGACUGCAUUACUGACUCUGGGUUUGGAAGCGGCCUGUCCAUGGCAAGGGGUCCCUCAGUUUCCUGGUGGAUCUCCCCUUCCCAACCUCCCAUGCAAGCCUUUGGCCAGAACUCAGCCCUCACCUCAGUCUCUCCCAGGAGAGCACCCUUACCUGGCCUGGCUUCCAGAGACCCUUGGAAUCUCCGAGAAGACAAACAGCUGCUACCUCUUAGUAUUGUUCUGAGUUUAUUGUGCCGUUACCUGGUUGUAAUGUGCUACGAGGGGUUUCUGUGGACUGCAGACGUGUGACUGCCUUACUGUUGUGUUUUUCUGUGCCAACCUAGAGACCUUCGCUGUCCUUUCCAGAGAGAUCCAACCCUUGCCCCAAACCAGCCCCAUCUCUUCUGCUACGCACAACAGGAAAAUCCACUUCUCCUCCUCCUUCCCGCUUCUCUUUUCUUCUUUAGAAGGAAUCACACACACAUCUUUGAGACUAUCUGAGAAACCAGCCUUCUCACGUUGGAAACCACUGGAGGGAGAACCGACCACACCAGCAAGCGUGGUUUUCCAAGAUCCAGCCAUUGU